UUAGUGUUGAUGAAGAGAUUCAACGGAUACAAGCCUUUCCUCUACAACAUUACUGUCAACGCCUGUAAAUUUUUUGCCAAUCCCAAGUCCAGUCCUGUGGCCAAAUUCUUCUAUGAAUCGGUUGUGACCUUCUCCAAUAUAAACCAUUCAUGUCCCUACAAUCAUGACAUUAUUGUGGAUAAGGUUCCUGUUGAAUUUAUCAAUCACCGAUUUACACAGAUUCUGCAAUUUCCUGAGGGCGAUUAUCUUAUUGAGGCUUAUUGGUAUCGCUCGGGAUCUCUCAUCGCUGUGACCAAAGUGUAUGGCACCUUUUCUUAAAUAAAAGAAAGGGAAUACCUACUUAUAAUGGGACAUUAGUUUGAAUUUAAA